UCUAAAACCCCAUCGAGAAUUAAAAAGAAGAAAAACCUUGAAAAUGGCUCUUGUUCAAUCCAGAACUCUUCCUCACCUCAACGUCCCCUUGUCGCCGAUUCUAUCCACUCUCCACGCUCCGUCGUCUCUCUCUCUCCGGAGGGAAAUUCGCCCGGUGAACUCGUCGUUCUUAUCCUCUACUGCCGGGAACUUGUCAUACUCGCCGCUGACGCAUCCGAGGAAGGUUCUUUGCCCUCCACCUCGUGGCAAGUUUGUUAGAGAAGAUUAUCUUGUGAGGAAAUUGUCAGCUCAAGAACUUCAAGAACUGGUGAAAGGAGAGAGGAAGGUUCCGUUGAUUGUUGAUUUUUAUGCUACUUGGUGUGGACCUUGUAUCUUGAUGGCUCAGGAACUCGAAAUGCUUGCAGUGGAGUACGAGAGCAAUGCAAUGAUUGUGAAAGUUGAUACAGAUGAUGAGUAUGAAUUUGCACGCGACAUGCAGGUUCGGGGAUUACCUACAUUGUUCUUCAUCAGUCCUGACCCAAGCAAAGAUGCAAUAAGGACAGAAGGGAUGAUUCCAAUACAGAUGAUGCGUGACAUCAUUGACAACGACAUGUGAAGUCUUGUACUGAGGAAACACUUUCUGGCUUUAGGAUUAAAUAGAAUCGCGGAAUAUAGGAUCUUGUUACCGAGUUUAUUGGGCAUUUUGAGAAUGUCAUCUAGGUUUCAUGGAUGAAUAAUGAAAAUGUAAAACGGGAUGAAUGUAACCUAAAGUAAGAAUCUUUUUAUUAUGCAGUGUUGGGUUUUGGUGCGGCCUUUGUAACUUUGAACUCUCUUUUAUCAACAAGCUUUUG